UUCCAGAUAGUUCUAUCUGCAAAAAAAAUGUCGAAGCCUGAUAGCAAUCAAACUACUGUCGAUAAAGGAGAAAUAGAAAGACAUAGCAAAUUAACAGGGGAUUGGUGGUCGAGGAACGGUGUUAUUCAAGCGCUACAUAGCUUGAAUGAAAUCAGAGUACCGUAUAUAGCAAACAGUCUCGUACUUGAAUCGGAUAAAGUUAAAAGUCAACAACCGUUAGCCAACAAAUUAAUAUUAGAUAUAGGAUGCGGAGGGGGUCUUCUCUCAGAGUCUUUGGCUAAACUAGGAGCAAUCGUCACCGGCGUUGAUGCUAGCAGUACUUUGAUUGAUUUAGCGAAAGAACAUAGCAAUGUGGAUCCAGAAGUUGCAAAAAAUAAACCAACAUAUUAUUGCGCUAGCAUUGAGGAACAUGCCCAUAAAUUUGCCAAUUAUUACGACGCAGUAGUAGCUUCAGAAAUCAUAGAUCACGUGGCCAAUGUGGAGUUGUUUUUGAAACAGUGUGUGGAAACACUAAAGCCUGGUGGGAAAAUAUUUAUAACUACACCAAAUAAAACGAGGCUGUCACAAUUUUUAGUUAUAUUUGUGGCCGAAAACGUCUUAAACAUAAUACCGAAAGGAAUACAUACGUAUGACAAAUUUAAAUCACCGAAAGAGGUUUCUGCACUACUGCAAAAAAAUAAUUGUCAAGUGAAUAGCGUUCAUGGAUUGUUCUAUAACCCUAUAACUGAUAAUUGGUUUUGGUCAUACUUUCAAACUCUAUGGUAUGCUCUGGAGGCGACAAAACUGUGUUGAUAUGUCAUGUUUUGUUUUGGUUUUUUAAACGACCUUAACCUCAUAUUCUCCUAUCGUUUGAACUAUUAAACUUGUUUUUUAUAA